UGAUGUACUUGUAUUUUACACACUUUUUAGGCUUAGUUUGUUGUUAAUUUUAGUUAUUAAAAUUCUACUUUUGUACAUAUUUUUAUAAUUUGUCGUUAGUUUGUACUUGUGCAGUCCUACACGGGUAUUUUGUAUUUUCAGGUACUUUUGAUGCUAUUUGGAUACAUUAGAGUGAACAAAAGAAGAAAAUAAAAGUUCAAGUUGCAGGUCAAUAAAAGUGGAAUUUCCUUCAAAACAAAUAAGGAGUAAAUUGAAGAAAAGAAGCAAAAAUAAAAAUGGUGGAGCUAGGAUUCGAUCACUGGAGAAAAAGUAGAAGAAUGUCUACUACAACCAAUGUGCUAAGUGAUCAAUGUUGUACAUAAUCAGCUGGCAAUUGUUAUAUUCCUUCUGAACGCGGCAAAGAAAAGAACAAAAUGUUGAAGUUGAGAAUCGAUCCCAUGAUCCCCGAGUUUUCCCCUGAAGUGCUUAUCCGUUGAGCAACCUGCCACUAUUGAACCUUUACUGCGCUUUGUUGUACAUAAACUCAUCUGUUUCGUAAAUCCCAGCAAUUAAUGAUUAAUCACCUUAUCAUUAUAUUGCCUUAAUCCAUCUUCCUCCACACAUAAGCUCGGACCAACCUCUCUCUAAACAUCCCAGAAACAUUUCCUCCUCCUUCUCUCUUCAUUUCUCAACCCCAAAUCAUCAACUCAUCUUCAACCAUAACUAAUCACUUUCUCAUCCAAGAUUAAGUCAAGAUUAGCAUCAAAGCUCCAAGGAUUGUCAUCUAUCACAAGUUUGAUCUUCCUUAUCUCAUUAAAUCUUGUAUUUUAAUCAUGGAUUCAUCUAUUUCUAUGUUUCCCAACAGGUAUAGCUAAAUAAAUUUGGGGCUAGAAAUUGGUUAAUUAAUUGUUCUUAUCAUGUUUUAAUUUGUAUUGAUUUUAAUUGUUAAGUUUGUUCUAUUUAGAUUGUUGUGUCCAGAAAAUUAAUUAUGUUGUGUUUAUGAUAUAUAUUAUGAGUACUCAAUCAUAAACAUAUUGUUUGUUAAAUACACAAAUGAACACUUUCUGAACACACCGUUAAACUUCUUUUACCUUGUCCCGGAUUGAAGUUUUACGGGAGAAUUUAAUUAUUUAAUUAUAUUAUUUACACCACGGGGUUGGGUAAAUAAUAUAGUUAAUAAUUAAGGUUGUCGUUGCACUUAAACAACUAGUCUCGUUUUGGCCAUCACUGGGAAAUGUUGACUAGUUACUUAUUUUAGGUGACUUGUGUUGGGUCCUAAAAUAUUUAUCUACAACUUCUCACAAUCUAUCUAAGAAUAAAAUUAGCAAUUAUGUCUUACAAAUGAGCAUUGAACAAUUAGUUGCCAAUUUCUACCCCUACUUGCUAUUGGUUGAACUUUGUGUUGAUAAAAAUCUCUUCUCUCAAUCACUUUUAUUUAAUUACUUUUCCAAGCAAACAAAAAUCAAAAGAAACGCAUUCCCAACUUCAAUCCUUAGUUUGUGCUUAAUUAUUUUAUUUCCCGCUUCUCUGUGGUUCGACACCCUACUUCCUUGGGUAAAAAAAUAGUUGUGUGCCCAUUAUAUGCUACACACCAACUUGGCGCCGUUGCCGGGGAAGCGGUUUUGAAAAAAAAAAAAUUGAGAGCAUAAACUUUCGAUUUUAGUUAUUGUAAAUUGUGUGUAUAUUAUUCUGUUGUUAUCUUUUUACCUUUGCAGGUUAAAAAAAAAGUGAUUAAUUAAAGUUCAAAAAAAAAAUCAAAAAAAAAAAUCAAAAAAAAAAUCAAAAAAAAAAAAAUGGACUGUGAUUAAUCAUCUUACCUGAGCAUUGGAGUUGGACUUGUUGACUGAACAUAUCUGGACAUUCAGACCAUUGAACAUAUUGUUACAUUUUAAUUAAAAGGAUACUCCGCCUAUAUGGUCGGACCGCUUACUUGUACAUUAUAAUUCAAAGGAUACUCCGCCUCUAUGGUCGGACCGCUUACUUGUACAUUAUCAUUCAAAGGAUACUCCGCCUAUAUGGUCGGACCGUUUAUUUUUCUUUUUAUGGUGGUUCAAACCCCAACUUUUUAAUUUCUGCACUUUAAUUAUCGCAAUUUAAUUUGUGCACUUAUAUUAUCGCAAUUUAAUUUCCGCACUUUAAUUUCAGCAUUUUUUUAAAUUUUGCAUCCCCAAGCUUGUCGGCCGUGUCCACUUGUUGGUGGAGUGCACUUUUUAUUUUUAUUUUUUUUUCUUAAUAAUCCCCAGACUGUCGGCAUAGCUGCAUCUUGGUGGAGACUGUAUUUAUUACUGUAGCUAUUUUUUUUUCCUUCCCUCAAAUCACCAUAUCUGUCGGCCCAGCCGCAUCCUGGUGAAUUACUGUAUAUAUUCAUACUGCUUUAAGGGCUCACUAGUCUCAUUCGGUUUAUACCAAUUGACUACGUGCGAACCUUAAUUAAUUAAUUAAUUCCGCAUUUAUUUUUUCUUUUCAUCUCUCUCUCUCUCUUUCCCCAAUCCCAAUUCCCUUCUGCUUAUGCUCACACGUUCACGUGGUGCGAAUUGUGAAUUGUUAUUCUUCUCUGACAUUGAAAAGCACAUACGUGAACAGGAAAAAAUAAAAAAAAUGUCAAACGAUAUUGUUGUUAAUGAGCAGGUACCCGAUCAACAAAUCGUGGAUCAGGUUAUGAGGACCAGAAAACCGCUGUAUGAUUAUGUUACGCCUCCCGUGGAUGAGCAUGACAGUGUUAUUCCACCAGAGGUUAACAUGAAUCACUUUGAAAUCAAGCCUGCUAUCAUUCAUAUGGUUUCAAAUACUCAAUUUGGCGGAGCGCCAACGGAGGAUCCAAAUAAUCACAUCACAAAGUUCCUUCGAGCUUGCAACACCUUCAAAAUCAAUGGUGUGCCAACUGAUGCUGUCAGACUACGCCUGUUCCCAUUCUCUCUACGGGAUCGAGCUCAGAGUUGGCUUGACUCUUUUCCGGAUAAUCACUUCUCCACUUGGGAUCAACUUCAUGGUGAAUUUCUCAAAAGAUUUUUCCCGCCAUCUAAAACGGCGAAAAUCCGAAGAAUGAUUCAAAAUUUCAAGCAAAAUCCCAAUGAGCCCCUCUACGAGGCUUGGGAAAGAUUCAAAGAUCUUCAGCGACAGUGUCCACAUCAUAACAUCCAAAACUGGCACUUGAUGACGGCUUUCUAUGAAGGCCUACAUGAAAAUUCUCGGAUACUCGUGGACGCGUCAGCAAAUGGAUCAUUCAUGUGCCUAGAACUUGAAGAGGCAGAAGAAUUGAUGGAGCGUAUUUCAUCAAAUGGAUCAACAUGGUAUUCUGAGCGAUCAUCUGCUCCACCAAAAAUCGGAGGCAUGUAUGAAGUUGAUCAAAUGUCGACCAUAACCACAAAGGUCGAUAGCAUGAUGAAUCUUAUCCAAAAGAUGGCACAAGUCUCUCUUGUGCAAAACUCAACAUCAACUCCAGCUCCCAUUCCCGUUCUUAUGUGUGAAUCUUGCGGUGGACAACACAAUCAGUCUACUUGUCCAUGGGAAGCAAUGGAACAAGUUGACUAUGUCAACUACAACAGGCAGCCUCAACAAAAUCAAUUUGGUAAUUUCAAUCCUCAAGGAAGAAACCAUCCCGGUUUUUCCUGGAGCAAUCAAAAUGGAGCUGCUAAUCCACAACCAUCUUAUCGGAGUGCACCACCCGGUUUCCAAAACCAACAUCAGCAAUUCAGAGGUGGCCAAGGUAUUGUGAACCAGCAACACUAUAAACCCACUCAAAAUCUUCUAUACCCUUCAACUCAACAGCAAAAACCACUUCUCCCCACUCCUGAAACAACCCAAACUCCUGUUCUAGAAAACAUUGUUGACCAACUUCUCAAGUCCCAAUUAUCUCAAGCUGAAACCCUGAAACAAAUCACCGAAGAUCUUGGUCAACUUCGAGCUCACAACAAGAUGCUUGAGAAUCAAAUUGCUAAUCAAGCAUCCACAUCAUCAACUAAGGUGACAGGUAAGCUUCCUGCUUGUCCUGAAAACCCUAGGGAGCAAAUCAAUGUCGUCACUACUCGGAGUGGGAAACAACAUCAAUCCUUGCCCCUUUCUAGUGAUGAACAAGAACAUGAAGUGUUGGAGGAAAGGGCCGAGCAACAACAGAAAGGUGGAAACAACAACAAUGAACUUGAUGUCGGUACCAUGCCGAAACCAUCUGAUGAUCGUGAAGGGUCGAAGAAAGAAAAAAGCAGUUCGGUAAGGAAAUAUAUUCCCCCAGUUCCUUAUCCGAACAGAUUGAAGAAAGCUAAUAUGGAGGAGCGGAGAACUAAAUUUUUGAAUGUUAUCAAACAGUUGGAUAUCUCAAUUCCUUUGCUUGAUGCCAUUACAGAAAUUCCUUCAUAUGCUAAAUUUCUCAAAGAUAUUCUCACAAAGAAGAAGGAGAAUCCAGCCACUAUUGCAAUGAGCCAAGAAUGUAGUGCCAUAAUCCAAAACAAAAUUACACCCAAGUUACGUGAUCCUGGAAGCUUCUCAAUUCCAUGUAUCAUUGGUGGAUCUAAAGUUAACAAAGCUCUUUGUGAUCUUGGUGCAAGUGUUAGCUUAAUUCCCUAUUCACUAUGUCAAAAGCUACACUUGGGGGAUCCCAAACCAACAACAAUGGCGUUACAAUUGGCUGAUCGAUCUGUCAAAUAUCCUAUCGGCAUUCUUGAAGAUGUUCCUGUCAAAAUUGACAAGUAUUAUAUCCCGGGAGACUUUGUUGUCUUGGAUAUGGAGGAAGAUGCUCGAGUUCCUGUUAUUCUCGGGAGACCCUUUCUAGCUACGGCAGGAGCAAUUAUCAAUGUAAAAAAGGGUACCCUUAUCCUUGAGAUUGGGGAUGAUAAGAUCGAAUUCAAUGUACAAGAGCUGAGUAAGGAUACACCUUGUGUCCUUGAUGGUUACUAUGCUGAUGUUAUAGACUCUUGUAUCAUAAAGACAUUUGAUAAGUCUUAUUGGCUUUCUAAAGAUCCCAUGGAGUACACUAUACGAGAAUCUAUUGCAGAUGAGCAAGCCAAUGAAAUGGUGAAUUUAUGUCUCGAAAUGUUGCAAAGCAUAUCUUUACCGAUGCCUAAAGCACUUAAAUUUGAAGUGCUUAAUCUUGAAGAUCAAUCCUUGAAUGUCAAAGGAAAAGCACCUGAAGUAGAACUCAAACCACUUCCAUCUACUUUAAAAUAUGCUUUUCUUGGCCCGAAUUCCACUUAUCCUGUCAUUGUGAAUGCUGAUUUAGAUCUUCAACAAGUGGAAAGAAUAUUGCAAGUCUUACGAAGCCAUCGCAGAGUUAUUGGCUACACCAUUGAUGAUAUUGUUGGCAUAAAGGCAUCUUAUUGCAUGCACCGCAUUUACUUGGAGGAUGAUCACAAGCCGAGCAUUGAGCACCAAAGACGCCUCAACCCGAACAUGAAAGAUGUUGUUAAAAAAGAAAUUCUUAAACUAUUGAGUUCGGGUAUCAUUUUCCCCAUUUCGGACAGUAAAUGGGUAAGUCCUAUCCAUGUGGUGCCAAAGAAAGGAGGAAUUACUGUUGUAAAGAAUGACAAAAACGAGUUGAUUCCUACACGAAUAGUCACUGGAUGGCGCAUGUGCAUUGAUUACCGCAAGCUAAACAAGGCUACUCGGAAAGAUCAUUUUCCACUUCCCUUUAUUGAUCAAUUGCUGGAGAGGAUGGCUAAGCACAAAUAUUUCUGUUUUCUUGACGGAUUCUCUGGAUUUUUCCAAAUCCCAAUUCAUCCGGAUGAUCAAGAAAUGACGACAUUUACAUGUCCUUAUGGUACUUUUGCAUAUCGCAGAAUGCCGUUUGGAUUAUGUAAUGCACCAAGAACCUUUCAACGAUGUAUGCUAGCUAUUUUCUCGGAUCUUGUCGAGGAAAUUAUGGAAGUUUUUAUGGAUGAUUUCUUGGUUUAUGGGAUUUCAUUUGAUGAUUGUCUUGAACAUCUUGAUAAAGUGCUAAGCAAAUGUGAAGAAGCAAAUCUUGUCCUCAACUGGGAAAAAUGUCAUUUCAUGGCAACCGAAGGCAUUGUGCUUGGGCACAAAAUUUCUGAAAAGGGCAUUGAAGUAGACCCGGCAAAGAUAGAAGUAAUUGAGAAAUUGCCACCCCCUUCUUCCAUCAAGGGGAUUCGUAGUUUUCUUGGCCAUGCGGGAUUUUAUCGACGGUUUAUCAAGGAUUUUUCAAAAAUAUCAAAGCCUUUAACCAAUCUUCUCUCAAAAGAUGUGGAGUUUAAUUUUGAUGAAUCUUGCUGCGCCGCAUUUUCAAAACUCAAGUUGGCCUUAACUACUGCACCAAUUAUUCGGCCACCUGAUUGGAGUCUUCCUUUUGAACUCAUGUGUGAUGCAAGCGAUUAUGCCGUGGGAGCCAUUCUGGGUCAACGCAAAGGCAAAGAAGUAUAUGCCAUUUAUUAUGCAAGUCAUACUCUUGAUGAUGCCCAAUCAAAUUAUGCCACAACUGAAAAAGAGUUCCUUGCCAUAAUUUUUGCCAUUGAAAAAUUCCGAUCUUACCUUAUCGGUAGCAAGAUUAUUGUCUAUACUGACCAUGCGGCUAUCAAAUACCUCAUCAACAAAAAAGAUGCAAAACCGAGGUUGUUGCGGUGGAUCUUGUUACUACAAGAGUUUGACAUGGAAAUCCGUGAUAGAAAAGGAUCUGAAAAUGUUGUUGCCGAUCAUUUAUCUCGACUUGAGAUUCCUUGUGAUACCAAGAGGCCAAUCAAUGAUUAUUUCAUUGGGGAACAACUUAUGGCUGCUCAAAAUUUCGAUCCAUGGUUUGCCGAUAUUGCAAAUUACCUUUCUCAUGGGGUAAUUCCACAUGGUGCUACACAUACUGAAAAGAAGAAGUUAAAAUAUGACUCCCGCUACUAUCAUUGGGCAGAACCUUUUCUCUAUAGAAGGUGUGCCGAUGGAGUCAUUCGACGGUGUUUGCCCGAAGAUGAAGUUUCAAAUGUCUUGCACCAUUGUCAUUCCUCAGCAUAUGGGGGACAUCAUGGAAGCUCUCGUACUGCUGCAAAGAUUUUACAAUCAGGUUUCUUUUGGCCCACUAUUUUCAAAGAUGCAAGCAAAUUUGUGAAAAAUUGUGAUCGUUGCCAACGUACCGGCAAUAUUGGAAGAAAGAAUGAAAUGCCUCAACAUGGCAUACUUGAAGUCGAAUUGUUUGACGUGUGGGGGCUCGAUUUUAUGGGGCCAUUUCCAAAAUCAAAUGGGAAAGAGUUCAUCCUUGUAGCUGUUGAUUAUGUUUCUAAAUGGGUAGAAGCAGCUGCCACACAGACAAAUGAUGCCAAAGUGGUGAUCCAAUUCAUUCAGAAAAAUAUUUUCUCCCGAUUCGGAGUUCCACGAUCUUUCAUCACCGACAAUGGUACUCAUUUUUGUAACAAAGCAUUGGAACGUGUCCUUUCCAAAUAUGGGAUUCACCACCGACUCUCAACUCCAUACCACCCGCAAACAAAUGGCCAAGUGGAACUUUCAAACCGAGAAAUCAAAACAAUUCUCGAGAAAGUUGUUAAUCCUUCCCGAAAGGAUUGGGCCGAAAAGCUUGAUGAUGCACUAUGGGCAUAUCGCACUGCUUACAAAAAUCCCAUCGGCACCUCACCAUUCAAAUUGGUGUAUGGGAAAGCAUGUCACCUUCCUGUUGAGGUUGAACACAAAGCAUAUUGGGCAAUCAAGACACUCAACAUGGAUCUUGCAUUGGCGGGUGAGAAACGACUGUUGCAGCUAAAUGAACUUGAAGAAUUCAGACUUGCAGCUUAUGAUAGCUCAAAACUCUACAAGGAGAGAACAAAAGUUUUGCAUGACCGGGUGAUCAGCCGAAGAAAAUUUGAACGGGGAGAUAAAGUUCUUCUAUUUAACUCACGUUACAAAUUCUUUCCCGGAAAGCUAAAGACCCGAUGGUUGGGUCCAUUUGAAGUACUUGAAGCAUUUCCAUCCGGAGCAGUCCAGUUGUUAAACAAAAGCGGCCAAAAACUCAUGGUAAAUGGACAACGGUUGAAACUAUACCAUGAUGGUGAGAGACAAGAGGCAACUUCUGUGUAUUGCCUCACUGAUCCGAAAUAUGAAUGAAGAGGCAUGGGUCAAGCUAAUGACCUUAAACGAGCGCUUCUUGGGAGGCAACCCAAGUUUGUAAAUUUUUUUUAAAAAAAAAAAAGCAAAAAAAAAAAAAAAAAAAAUGUCUAGGUUUUUGUUUUUGGACUCUAAAGGGGCCACAUCCGCUCGAAAAGACAUCUCAACAUCAUCCGUCCGCAAUUCAGGGAAGUUUUCUUUACACUCCUUUAAUUUAUUUUCCACUGAGGACAGUGCAAAUUUUAAGUGUGGGAGAGUGGGUAGUUCGACCCUAAUUUCUUGUGUGAAUAUUUUUUCUUUUUCCUUGCUUGUUUGUGUGAUUUUAUUUUCUUUUUUUUAUUUUGUGUGUUUGUUUGGAAAAGUAAAGACCAGUCUUGUCCAAAAUACAACAAUAGACAAACAACACAUUACUUUACACUUUUUGUUACUAGUUACUUCCAUAACUUUUUAAAACUAUUCAUUCACCUCUUUUGACGAAAUGUGGUUUGAGUUUGAGAAGUGUCACUAUAAUUUUUUGAGAGUAACUUAGUAUUAGCUUUGAACUUGAUUCUUUUUAACACUUUAACAUUAAACACCUUAGAUUUUAUUUUUCCAAUUUAUUGGUUAAUAGUUGAAUUAGUGAAAGUUUAUGCAGAUUAAGAUGUUCAUACAUUUAUUCUCCUUGAAAUUUUAUUUGAACUUGACACAUUUAGAAAUGAUUUAGGCCAUCUUUGUUUACCCAUGAAGCCAAACACUAUCCCUUUGUAAAUAAAUAACACUUUCCAUAGUAAUCCCGUUCGAGCCUUUUCAGUGUACAAGUGUAAAAUAUCUUACUUCACUUGUCACUAAUUCUUUUUUAUUUGUAACCUUGUAAAUACAUAACCUUCUGAAGCCCUAUCCAAAGUUAAUCUUUUCUAAUCCUAGAGUAGAUUGUCUUGUUACUUGAGAGUAAAUAAAUGGAGCUACUAUUAAGUGUCAUAUGAGUGAAGUACAUAUUUGUUUGUAAAUUUUGGGGUUAGUUUUUCAUUGUAAUGUUCAGUGUGUGACCUCUUUGAAAAAAAAAAUCAAAAAAAAAAAAAAGAAAAAAAAAAAGAUGGAAAAUUGAAAAAAAAAGACAAAAAAAAAACAAAAAAAAACAAAGAGGCACAUUAAAUUCUUGUUGUAAUUUCUUUUGUAAAACCCCUUUUUUUUUUACUUUUCAUGUUUAUAUUUCUCAUUGUUUUGUAUGCUCCAAGUUGUUGUAAAUUCUUGUGAUGAUCCGCUCAGUAUUAGUACAAUCUAACUUUCUCUGUAUAUUCUUACACCAAACUUUCCUUCCAACUAGCCACACUCAUUAAUCUCGCCACUCACCGAAAAAAGUCCUAAUUGAUCUAUUUGUGUCAUUUUUUGAAUUUAGCGGAUUGGAGAAACUUGUUCUGCAUACCCCAACUAAUUUAGAUCUAUAGGUGUUUGUGUUAAAAGUUCGAUUUGAAAAUCUUAGUGAUAGGCACAAAUACUCAGUUUACUCUCAUUGCGUUAUUUUGUGACAUUUCAGGGUAUUGGACCGUUUAGUGGACAUUAGAGAUGGAUGAGUGAUUUGUUUAGUUAUGUUUGUAAAUUUUACAAAAUUGUGUAUAUUUUUGUGUUUGUUGUUAGUUUUACUUGAGGACAAGCAAAAGCCUAAGUGUGGGGGAUUUGAUGUACUUGUAUUUUACACACUUUUUAGGCUUAGUUUGUUGUUAAUUUUAGUUAUUAAAAUUCUACUUUUGUACAUAUUUUUAUAAUUUGUCGUUAGUUUGUACUUGUGCAGUCCUACACGGGUAUUUUGUAUUUUCAGGUACUUUUGAUGCUAUUUGGAUACAUUAGAGUGAACAAAAGAAGAAAAUAAAAGUUCAAGUUGCAGGUCAAUAAAAGUGGAAUUUCCUUCAAAACAAAUAAGGAGUAAAUUGAAGAAAAGAAGCAAAAAUAAAAAUGGUGGAGCUAGGAUUCGAUCACUGGAGAAAAAGUAGAAGAAUGUCUACUACAACCAAUGUGCUAAGUGAUCAAUGUUGUACAUAAUCAGCUGGCAAUUGUUAUAUUCCUUCUGAACGCGGCAAAGAAAAGAACAAAAUGUUGAAGUUGAGAAUCGAUCCCAUGAUCCCCGAGUUUUCCCCUGAAGUGCUUAUCCGUUGAGCUACCUGCCACUAUUGAACCUUUACUGCGCUUUGUUGUACAUAAACUCAUCUGUUUCGUAAAUCCCAGCAAUUAAUGAUUAAUCACCUUAUCAUUAUAUUGCCUUAAUCCAUCUUCCUCCACACAUAAGCUCGGACCAACCUCUCUCUAAACAUCCCAGAAACAUUUCCUCCUCCUUCUCUCUUCAUUUCUCAACCCCAAAUCAUCAACUCAUCUUCAACCAUAACUAAUCACUUUCUCAUCCAAGAUUAAGUCAAGAUUAGCAUCAAAGCUCCAAGGAUUGUCAUCUAUCACAAGUUUGAUCUUCCUUAUCUCAUUAAAUCUUGUAUUUUAAUCAUGGAUUCAUCUAUUUCUAUGUUUCCCAACAGGUAUAGCUAAAUAAAUUUGGGGCUAGAAAUUGGUUAAUUAAUUGUUCUUAUCAUGUUUUAAUUUGUAUUGAUUUUAAUUGUUAAGUUUGUUCUAUUUAGAUUGUUGUGUCCAGAAAAUUAAUUAUGUUGUGUUUAUGAUAUAUAUUAUGAGUACUCAAUCAUAAACAUAUUGUUUGUUAAAUACACAAAUGAACACUUUCUGAACACACCGUUAAACUUCUUUUACCUUGUCCCGGAUUGAAGUUUUACGGGAGAAUUUAAUUAUUUAAUUAUAUUAUUUACACCACGGGGUUGGGUAAAUAAUAUAGUUAAUAAUUAAGGUUGUCGUUGCACUUAAACAACUAGUCUCGUUUUGGCCAUCACUGGGAAAUGUUGACUAGUUACUUAUUUUAGGUGACUUGUGUUGGGUCCUAAAAUAUUUAUCUACAACUUCUCACAAUCUAUCUAAGAAUAAAAUUAGCAAUUAUGUCUUACAAAUGAGCAUUGAACAAUUAGUUGCCAAUUUCUACCCCUACUUGCUAUUGGUUGAACUUUGUGUUGAUAAAAAUCUCUUCUCUCAAUCACUUUUAUUUAAUUACUUUUCCAAGCAAACAAAAAUCAAAAGAAACGCAUUCCCAACUUCAAUCCUUAGUUUGUGCUUAAUUAUUUUAUUUCCCGCUUCUCUGUGGUUCGACACCCUACUUCCUUGGGUAAAAAAAUAGUUGUGUGCCCAUUAUAUGCUACACACCAACCUGUUUGAGCUCAGUAUAAACCUAAUCUAAACAAAUUACAAACAUUUUUACAAAUAAAACUAUUACACCAAAAGUGUAUAAUUUUUAAGGUAAUAAUCAAUCUAAACUAAUAAAAAACAUAAACGUAAGCAUGGAAAUUACAUGAAUGUCAUAUCCCCCACCACUUAGAACCUAAAAAGGGAAGCAAAUGCUUGUUGUAUGAAUAUACCUAGAGCCUGAAAAGAUGUCAUUGAACACAACACAUACCAUUUUAAGCCUAUGUGAAAUCAACUUUAAGAGAAGUGAAAUUGGUAUGUGUUAGCUUAAGAAACUGCACUUGAGGCAAGUGAAAUGAAAGAACCUAGACAUAUUAUCAAACACUUAAGGUGCUUUUAGUUUCCUUUUAUAUGAACUUUAUCUUUCAUAUAAACUUGUGGAGACCAUUUAAGCACAAUCGAAGUCUCAUCUAAUAUAAAACUCCCAGCUAAAAAUAUCCACAGUACACACACAAGGUGGGAGCUUGUUUUGAUUCUAUAAAUUAAGAAACUGACGAAGACAAAUUCCAAGCUUACCAACGUAGAGUAGAAACAUUGCAGCACUUCUAAUUACAAUUAGGGAAUCACAUCUAAGGAUGAAUAUAAAAAGUUUAAUCGUGAACUCUUCAAGCAAACAACAUGACAGAAGGAAGAAUGCUGGAAUAGUACUACACGAAAGCAUAAUAUAACAUACCUAAUAGAUUGAUGAUCAGCUAUCAUGAUAAGGAGAGAAAUGUAAGUUGAAAUCACAUUAUAUAUUUGUCUUGGAGAAAGGUUAAUAUCCAGAGAAACGUAAAAUUAAAUUGAGUUUGCCUUCAAGUGGAUGAUCACAAAACAACUUUCAGGUUCGUACCCAAAACAAAGUGUUGAAUUCCAACCCCCAAACAAAAACAUACAUCAAUUUUCCACAAUCAUUGGAGAGUUGUGGAAAAACAAAUAAUUGGCAUAACCAACUUAGCUAUCCAUUUUAGUUUAAUCUCGACAGAGUAUCAAACAUGCAGCCUGUUUUUAGUUUCCUUUAAGUAGCAACUGGCGGAGAGCUUUUCAAAAGGAAAAGCUUAAAUAAUAUUAAACCAGCAGUGAAAAACGCAGGGAAAACACAGAUAGAUACACAGACAACUAUGGAGCAAAAGUUGAAGUAUAGAUACUUAUCUAUGAUAAAACAAGGUUUACUUUUUAAGUGAGUAUAGAUACAUACAUAGACAACUAUGGAGCAAAAAUUAAAGUAUACAAACAUAGAUUCAUGCAUGUAAUAUUGUCCAGGCUAAAGAUAAUGUAUUACCUUCGUAAAUGAGCUUGUUAUGUUCUUAAUAGAUGUCUGAGUGUGAUUGAUUCUGAAUAGUCAAACUAUUUUUGAGUAUGACAUGUUUAAUAACCAUUGGAAUGUGUUUUUUCCUCUUUAAAUAUAGUCAGAAGUUUUUCUAAUAAUUUUUUUUUAUUUUUAUCUAUUCUUAUUAGUACCUUCUGCUAUAAAAACAAAUAAACCUGAUAUGUACUUUACACCAAUGAAGUGGAUAGUUUAGAUGUUUUUGUUAAGAAACUAUCUAUUGAAAAUUAAAAUAACCUUUGAAAAAAUGAUAACACAAGGUUUAGUUUUUAAGUGAGUAUAGAUAGAUACACAGACAACUAUGGAGAAAAAGUUCAGGUACUCUAUAAACAUAUAUUCAUGCAUGUAAUAUUGUCCAGACCAAAUGAAGACAAGCGAAUAGGAAUGUAAAUAUUUACCUCAAGAAAUACGUUUCUAAAGCCGAUUUGAAAGAAAGAAGUUGCUUCCCUCCCAUACUAAGCAAAAUUGCUGCAUUCAUCAAGACAAAAGACAAAAUGAUAAGUUGAUGUGAAAAGGUUAAAAGGAACUUUAAGACAAUGCAUACCGGGAUCUAAAUCAAAAUGUAACCAUUUCAGUCUUAAGUGGAGAUUUUUUAAAACUAAAAUCAUUUUCACAUUUUCUUAAGAUAGUGUUUUCUGUUCUUCUUCAAAUAAUAAUAACCGCUUUAACUUGCAAAUUACCCCUAUCUUUCAAUAGCUAAUGUUGCACAGUAACUAAAGCUUUCAAUAGCUUUCAGUUUUUAAAACCUUCAAUGGGUAAUGUCAAAAUUGUUAAAUUAGGCAAUUUCUAAUUCAUCUGAAUAGAAAAAUUUAAAUGUUAAUUGCCUCCCAUGAGUAUUAUACACGCACCAGAUCCUUUAUCACUAUGAUUGGAAUUUAUUUUCUUUUUGAAUCAUCUAUUAGGGUGGAAGCUUAAGAAGUUGGAUAAUAACUUAUGACUCGGAAACACAUCGACUGGCUUUUGCCACCUGAUGGGGCAGCCUAAUACGGUGGAAGGUUUCAACAAAAGAAGGGAUAACUUUGAGGCUGGGAUAAUAAUGUCUGAGGUGAUUAUGCGUGGCUGAUUUUUCCCAAGGAUGAUGAACAGUUUGCAGCUUUCCUAAUACCUCUAAUAUUUGGCUACCCAUAGUUUGAAGAAAGGUGAACCAAAGUAAACAACUCCAUUGUUAGCUGAUACAUUUGUAAUUUCCAUACGCAUGUUUGUGUUUUUAAUUAGUUUUGCUUGAUCUUUACUAUGUAAAUUACACACUUUUGGCGUAAUAGAUUAGUUUGUUAAAUUCUUGUAAAUAGUUUAGAUUAGAUAUAUUCUGAGCUCAAACAGGUCCUGAUCACUCAAAGUACAGUUGGUGAACCCAAAAAAGUGGAAAGAAGGUGCAUAAUUUGAAGACAAAAGAAGGAUCCUGAAUUUUGGUCUAUACUCGGUCGAGUAUUAACUAUACGCGAUCGGGUAUUAGGUUGAAACUUCAAAUCGGAUCAGAUCCGAAGACAAGGGAACAUGCCGGGAGGAUUUUGACCACGAUUUAAUGUCUAUACCCGAUCGGGUAGACCGACAUACCCGAUCGGGUAUGCCUUUGAGUUUUAAACGAAGAUCGGUCGAGUAUGGUCCGAAUACCACUUUCUAGCCUGAAACCGAUCGAGUAUACCUCGGAUCGAGUAUUACACACAUACUCGAUCGGGUACCAUGUAUAUACCCGAUCGAGUACCCGAAUCCCAUCCCAAAAGCCUAUAAAUACACCUCCUUUCCUUCACAAAAAGAUAUCCAAUUCCUUUGUACAUCUAAGCUCAGUAUAGAAUAGUUCUUUCUUUAUAUUUU